AUGGAGUUGGGACAACUGAAGAAAGUUAGAGCAGCGAUCAGGAGGCAGGUGUCAAAGUUUGUCGUGACUCUGGAAGAGCUCAUUGCAGUAGCGCCACUGGACGCGACAAACACCCUCGUGAGGCUGGACCUGUUAAAAGAAAGUAAUGAAAAGCUGAAGAACAUCGACGAGCAGAUUCUUGGAAAGAUUAGUGCUGUCGAUGCUGAUGCUAAUGAAGAUGCUGAUGGGGAGGGGGAAGAUAAAGAUCUGGACGACGAGUUGGAAAAGGCAGAUGAGUAUCAAACGAAGGUUAAACUCAUCAUGUCAAAAGUUGAACAGAAACUUGCUCCUUCCAUCAGACCGAGUAGUCCUACUCCAAGCGAUUAUUCGACAGCGUUUGGAGAUGGGGAAAAGAAGAAACAGUACAAAUUGCCCAAGAUUCAACUGAAGAAGUUUAAUGGGAAUUUGUCAGAGUGGCUGGGUUGGUGGUCCCAGUUUUCCAAGAUUCAUGAGGACAAUGAGCUUCAUGAUGUGGAUAAGUUUGUUUAUCUCAGUCAGUCAAUGGUGCAGGGGACGAGAGCCAAGGAUUUGGUCGACAGUUACCCGAUGACCGCCGCGAACUAUCCAGAGGCGAUACAAGCAUUGAAAGAUCGGUUCGGGCAAGAAGACCUUCUCAUCCCACACUACAUCAGAGGGCUGCUGAAAAUUGUGAUCCAGAAUGCCACUAACAAAGAGAAGGUGGUAUUGUCGUCCCUGUAUGAUAAAGUCGAGACUGAUAUCAGGGCGUUGGGGACUUUGAAAGUUACGACACAAGAGAUGGGAAGGUUCUUACAUCCAAUAGUGGAGUCGUGCUUAUCAGAAGAGGUGUUCGUGGCGUGGCAGCGAAGUCCAUUUUACGAAAAAGAUGGAUCUUCUGAAAAUCCUCCCAAGAGCAAGCUGGAUUUCCUAAUGAAAUUUCUCAAAGACGAGUCUCAGCGAGAAAUGAAAAGGGAGCAAGCUAAAGUGGAUUUUAAUUGGGACGUCAGUUCACCGAAGAAACAAGAAGUGAAACCCAAGAAAGUGCAGAAAGUGUCUGAGGAUCCUCCUACUAAUGCUGGGUUAUUCAGUCAAAAUGUCAAGACGGCUUGCAUUUUUUGUGACAAGAGCAAUCAUCCUAGUGGGCACUGCUAUAAAGGAAAGGCAAUGUCACUGGAUGCCAAAAAGUUAAAAGUUAAAGAGAAAAAUGCUUGUUUUAUUUGUCUCGUUCCAGGCCAUCGAGCAAAUAAGUGCAGGUCGAAUGUUGUUUGUCAGAAGUGCAAUCUGAAACAUCAUGAAAUUUUGUGCCCUGGAUUGCCGUUAGUUGAAUCAAGUUCCAGUCAACAGGAUACAGUACUUGGAAAUCUUGGGAUUCAAUGCCAGGGAAAUAUUUUGUUGAAUGACAUUCAGUCUGAAUUUAAACUUGUUCGUGUUUUGUUUGAUGAUGGUAGUCAACGCAGCUACAUCACAACAAAAGCAGCUCAAGAAAUUGGAAGCAACCCGAUUGGCAGAGAAGAAUCAAGAAUUGUUCUAAUGAAUGGAUCAGUGACUGAUUAUGAAGUCUGCAACAAGCAUGAAGUCAUUUUAUAUGGAAUCUCGCCUUCAUGCAAUCCAGUUAAAUUGAUUGUUCGAGAAAGACCCCAAAUUGGUUGUGCAACUCCAAGAAUUCCAACUGGUCCGUGGGUUCAACAACUGAAGAAAAAGAAAAUAUUUUUGACUGAUUUGAAUUCAUCCCAGAAUAAUACCCCGGAUAUUGAAGUAUUAAUUGGGAGUGAUUAUUAUGAAAAGUUUCGAACCGGAAGGAGGAUUCAAGUACAACCAGGGCUGUUUGCUGUUGAGACGAUCUUUGGGUGGACCUUGAGUGGAUCUAUUUCGGGGGAUAAUCUGGCUUGUGAUGUGAUUCAAAGCUAUUUUUGUGCUGAGGUGACAAAGCUGUGGGAUUUGGAAAUCAUCGGAAUCCGCGACACAGCAGAUCAAGAAUCUCAAAAAGAAAAAGAUUCCCGAAUUAAAGAAGAGUUCCAGAAUCAAAUCAAAAGAGAUCCAGAUGGACGUUAUGUGACUGGACUUCCCUGGAUUAGUGGGGUGCCGUCAAUUCCAAAUAAUCGAGUUAUUGCUGAGAAGAGAUUGCAUGCAGCCACCAGAAAGUUGAUCAAUCAAGGAGAAUUCGACCGAUAUGAUCAAAUAUUCCAUGAUUGGGAAAAGGAGGGCAUUAUUGAAGAGGUGACAGGAAUUUCUGAAAACGUUGGUCACUACAUCCCUCAUCGACCUGUCUUUAAACCCGAAAGUUUGACUACUCCCGUGCGCCCAGUUUAUGAUGCGUCAUGCCGGGUGGGAAACCAACCUUCGUUGAAUAUGUGCCUGGAGACUGGUCCGAACAUGUUGGAGUUGAUUCCAUCCAUGUUAUUGAGAUUUAGAAGGAAUCCGAUUGGGGUCCUAGCUGACAUUAGGAAAGCGUUCCAAAUGAUCGGGGUGAUGACGGAAGAUCGGGAAUUCCAGAAGUUUCUUUGGUGGAAAAAUUUGGAGCAUGGAAUCAUCAAAGUUUAUAGGCAUUGUCGUGUUGUUUUUGGGAUGACAUGCAGCCCGUUUAUACUGAUGGCAGUUUUGGAGCAGCACCUCAAAGCAGCGUCUGAUGAGGAUAGAAAAGUAGCUGAGCUCCUCAUGCAUUCUUUAUAUGUGGAUUACGUGGUGACAUCGUUCUCAAGUUCAGAAGAUUACCACGAAUUUAAGUCAAGAUCAACAGCGCUGUUGGCUGAUGCUCAAAUGUGUUUGAGACAGUGGGAGAGCAACGCUGAAGAUAUUCAAGAACCGGAAACAAAUGUACUCGGAUUGAUUUGGAAUAAGAAGAUGGAUAUACUUCAAUGCAAAUUGCCAAAGUCAAAUGAAGAAUUAAAUGAAAUAACCAGCAGGAAGGUACUUUCCUUUGUGUCGCAAGUUUUUGACCCAAUUGGAUUUGUGUGCCCCUCCUUGUUAAUCCCAAAACUAAUGCUACAGAAUGCUUGGUUGAAGAAAAUGAAGUGGGAUGAUCCAUGGAAUGACGACGAUGCGGAGGAAUUCUUGAAAUGGGCAGAAGAAAUGACGGAGUUACCCAAGGUCCAGAUUCCAAGAUUCGCGUUCAGGUCGUAUUCUAGUUUGGAAUUAGAAAGUGUGAAACUCCAGCUACAUAUUUUUUGUGAUGCAAGCAACUCCGGAUAUGCAGCUGUUGGAUUUAUCAGAGUUAAAGAUGACGAUGGGGUUGCAGUUCAACUGCUUCUGGCGAGGUCACGAGUAUCCCCGCUGGAGAAGAAAAAGUCAAGAAAAGUCACCAUCCCUCGACUGGAAUUGCUGGCUUGUGUGAUUGGAGCUCGUCUGAAAAUUGGAAUCUGUGAAGCUUUGGAUCUUGAGAAUAUUCCAAUGCAUUUAUGGAGUGACAGCACCACCGCACUUGCGUGGAUUCAUCGAGAUGCGGAUUGGGGGACAUUCGUUGGUAAUCGUGUACGUGAAAUAAACAGACUGACCAACAAAGAGGACUGGAAGCAUGUCCCAGGUUGUAUGAAUCCAUCUGACCUUCCAUCUCGUGGGUGUGAGUUGAUUGAAUUGAUGGAGUCCAAAUGGUGGGAGGGGCCUUCCUGGUUGCUGUUAUCCGAGGAGAAUUGGCCUACUUCAUCUCCAGAAACAAAUGAGGAAGAAAUCAACAAUGAAAUGCGGAAAACUGUUGUAAGCAGCCAUGUCGUCACCGCUGUGGAACCAACAUUUUCUCAUUAUUUGAAAAACUUGAAGACGGCUGCUUGGAUGCGAAGAUUUAUCUCAAACUGUCGCAUAAAAGAAAAGAGUCAAAGGAUUCUGAGCCCAUAUGUGACUGCUAAGGAAAUUCGUCAGGGGGAACGAGAUCUUCUCUAUGAAAUUCAGCAACGACAUUUUCAAGAAAGGCCAGAGAUCAAAGGCUUUGGGGCCAUUCUCAUGCAAGAUGGAUUAUGGCACCUCAAAACCAGACUCACCUACCGGGAGGAUACUGCAGAUUUCAAGUAUCCCAUUAUCUUACCAAGGAAUGAGCCGCUAGUCGAGCAAUUAGUCCUGUACGCUCAUCAGAGUAGCUAUCACUCUGGAACUCAGCAUGUAAUUGGGAGGCUUCGGGAGCGGUACUGGAUAAUUCAUGUGCGGAACUUGGUGAAGAAUAUUAUUCAGAAAUGUGUGAAAUGUCAAGGUUAUCGGAUUGGGAAAAUGGCUUGUGACGCUGCCCCAUUGCCUGAGCGGAGAAUUGAGACGGAGUGUUCUUUCCAAACCACGGGCGUUGACUUGGCUGGACCUCUGGUGGUCAAAGGAGGGAAGAAAGUCUGGAUUGUUCUGUAUACUUGCGCAGUAUAUCGAGCAGUAUACUUUGACCUCGUGGAUUCCCUGAGCAGUGAGGCGUUUCUCAUGUCACUGGAGAGAUUCGUCAACACUUGUGGCCGACCCAAUACCGUCUACUCAGACAACGGUACCAACUUUGUGGGGGCGGAUAAUCUGAUGAAGAAACUAAAUUGGACAAAAUUGACCAAGGAGUUGGGAGCCAAGCGGAUCCAUUGGAUAUUCAAUCCACCUUCAGCACCGUGGUGGGGAGGGUGGUGGGAACGCUUGGUCCGAUCCAUGAAAGAGAUCCUGAGGAAGAUGCUGGGCACUUCAAGAAUGACCUAUGAUGAAUUAAGGACUUGUCUUGCUGGAGUGGCCCAAGUAAUCAAUGAUCGUCCUUUGUGUGCUGUUAGUGCUGCUGCUGAUGACUUGAGGCCUCUGACCCCGUCAAUGUUCCUGCGAGAUAUUCCGGUGGCAGAGUUUCCUGAAAGUGGCGUUGUUGGUGUUCGGUUCCUACAAGGCAGCUACCGAAAGAUGCAAGACACAAAGCGAUCACUACAAGCAAGAUUUCGGAAGGAGUAUUUGGGAUUCCUGUCUUCUAAAAACUGUGCAGAUAGGAAUCAGUCUCCGAAACUUGGAUGCAUGGUUCUUGUUGGCGACUCAAACAAGAAAAGAUUUGAAUGGCCUCUAGGACGAGUGGUGGAGUUAAUCCCUGGGAAAGAUGGCAAAGUGAGAGUGGCGAGAAUCAAGACCAAUCGAGGUAUCCUGACCAGACCCCUUCAACGCCUGUACCCCUUGGAGAUCCCCAACCAGGAGCAGUUUCCCCUUCCACAACAGCCCCAAUCCAAAGUUGAGAUGGCAGUCUGUGUGCAGGCGGAAGACCAGCCGUGUGAGCAGAAACCGGAGAUGAUUACCAAGGGUGGGCGAGUUAUCAAAAAGCCAGUUAAAUACGGACAGUGGUUUAAUUAG